CUCCCGGCUGUGCUGCCCCGGGCCAAUGGCCGCCAGGGAACCGCUGCUGAGCGCCUUUAAAGGUGCGGUGCUGCGGCUGCGGGGUGACGGCUCUCCGUGCACCGACGCUUCCCCGCACCUGGCGGCCGCCUGCGCGCUGCUGGAAGGAGCCCUGCGGAAGGGGCUGCGACAGCCGCUGUGGGGCUUCAGGAGAAGGGAUUAUUGGCAGUGCCUGGAGCAGCUUUCCCUCGGGCAGGGAGGGAGUUCUAUGACUCGUCGGGCUCCAUCCUGGGUAAUGAAGAGCUGCGGGAACUGCAGCUUCUUGGAUGAGAGCUGGCUGCUGCCGGUGUGCGUCAUGUAUGAGACGGUCCCAUGCCGAGCGCUGGGGAUGGUGGUGAGGUACGUGGAUGGCCGUGUCAUUGUCAUUGAGGUGCUUCCUGGGAGCCAGGCAGAGGUGGACGAGGUGGUGCUGGCUGGGGAUGUCCUAGAUGAGAUCAAUGGAUGCUCCUUGAGGAACGCCUACAGCGGGCAGGCCGGGGCGAUGCUGCAAAAGCUGAAGGGACAACCACUGAGCCUCCGUGUGCUGCGGUGGCAGGGGCACGAUGGUGAGGUCUAUGAGCCUUUGCUGCCCUACCUGGAGGCCGUGAAGAAGAAGGAGCCCCAUUUCCAGCUCCAGUGUGGCCCCAGGCGCUGUGACAAGGGGGAGAAGUGGAGGGUGCAGGGGGGCAGGCUGCUCUACAACCUGCGGUACCUGGGCCGGAUCGGUGUUGGGAUGUUUGGAGGCAAAGAGGUGCUGCAGAAAGCCAUUCCUGCUGUGCUGGAGAGCAGCUCAGCACCACGGGAGGUUUUAUUUGAUGUGAAGGAAACGGAAAUCCUUGUACAAGAGAAGGCAUCUCCCAGGGUCCUGUUUCGCCACCCCUACCCUGCAGUCUCCUGCGUGGGACACUGCCUGAAGACCAGCAGUGUCUUUGCAUUCUGUGUCCUUGCCUCCUCAGGGAGCCCCAAAGGGAGCACGUUUGACUGCCUGGUGUUUGCAUCGAGUUGUGAGCAAGAAUGUGAGGAAAUCAUCCAGAGAAUUGCUGCAGGAUUUAAACACACCGAGUGGUUUGUCUGAUAAGGGAGGGCUGUGGCUCAGCUCUCCUCAGGCUCUGCUGACCCAGCUGUGCAAGAUGCAGGCUCUGGCUCCUCAAACUGGAACUAGGAAGGUUUCCUUAUACUUGCAGGACAUUGCUGUGGAAGGAAGUGCAGCAAAAGCAUCUGGUCUUUAAAAAAAAUAAAAUUGCAGGGAGAGGCCAGUGCUGACUUCCUGCGUGCCUUCAUAUAUGAAGUACUGCUUUUCUGGAUUUUUGUCCCUUUGUCUGGAUUUUGCAGUGAAAUAAAUCAAGCUGGACUAGCUCCUAUUACUCCCUGUGCAACUUUUGUCUCAACUUUAGCCCUGCUGGCAUAGCCUGUUCUUAAGAACUGGCCUAACAAUGUAAUUUGCAUGUUAAUUACCUGUUCCAGAUGUAGUUUGAGCAGCUUUCCGGUGCCACAACUCUGGCUGUUCCCAGAGACUAGUGAGAAAACCAGACCUGUCAGCAGCUAGCCUGCAGGGUUGUCCUCAAGUGCAGGUUUACGUCUAAUCCCGUUUCAUCAAAAAAGCUUAGAUGGGAAAUGAGAAUCUAGCAAUUUGCUUAGCAGCCUGGAUGCUCUCUGGUUAUAUAAUGAGUGUUUCUGCUUGCUCUGGCAUGGCUGCUGCCUUGCCCUUAGUCACAAGGCUGAGAUCCCACAGGAAGCUGGGAGAGGCGGAGGGCUGCGCUCCCACAGCCUGCAUCCGCUCACAGCCCUGACCUGGGCAGAUGCUGCUGGAUUCACUUUAGGCAAACCAGUCCCACCACUGCAAAAAACAACAACAAAACUUCCCUUCAAUGUGGAAGGAAGAGGGGGGGGGAAAAGCAGAAGUUCUGAAGCUGGGCCUGUGCUGCUGCCACUGAUAAGCAGCUAAGCUUCAACCAAGGGAGCCCCAGAGGGAGGGAAGAAAGCUGCCUCCUAGCCUGUGCCUGUCAGACUGCUCCUCCUGGCUGAGCAGGAGCUGACUCAGGCCUCCUAUAAACAUCAAGGGGAGCCAGGGUGAGGCACUGCUUCAUCGGCAGAAAGCUAAGCUGCAGCAGCAGUCCAGUAUCACAAGCAUCUACUGCUACCAUACUGGAGCCAGGAAUAAGCUUCUCCAAGCCCAUACAAACCAAAUGACAAAGACUCCUCGCAUGUGAAUGUAAAACAUUUAAUUUAAAAAUGUUGACACUACAAUAUAUAAAAUAGCUAUUAUAAAUGCACAUAGUGUAUUCUAUAGCUGCCAGGUUUACGUUUUAGGAAACUGUAAGUUACACUGUGGUUAAGAGUUGUAGUUUCACCCUCUGAAAAAGUCCACAUUUGAUCACAGUGAUGUAUGGUCAGACUAACAGCCCCAAUUGUUAAACACUUGGAUCAAGUCAUAACCAGUUUUAUUGCAAAAGGACCCUGUACACAUUUAUAUCAAUUCUAGUACCUUACAAGUUUAGCUACCCAACAAGUCAUUAACAUACAGAAACAUGCAUGAGAAGCAAGAAAGAUCACCCAUCCCUUCUGCAUAUUAGCAACUUGUCACUCCUGAGCAACAAGGCUCACAUCACUGAGGUUUAUGUGAACAGUCACUUUUAGCAUUCAUCCUGAGUGAAAGAUGGAAUGACUUAAGUACAAAUGCAACAUAUUAUAAACAAUUUCUUACAAAAAAAGUCACAAAUUAAAACCAAAGUAUUUUACAGAAUUUACUACAAAACACCAUAAAAACAGCCUUCACUUAAG